CGUGACGUCAGCGGCCAGUGAGGUUUCAUAAGGGCCGGCGGCGGCAGGCGGCCCGUCAGACGGUUCCGGCGGUAGGAGCGGAGGUGUGUCCCGGCGCGGCCGUGGUGGUGUCGGUGGUGGUGCUGGUGGUGCGCGGCCUGAGCGUCUCGCCAUGACCCGUGGGAACCAGCGUGAACUUGCCCGCCAAAAGAACCUGAAGAAAACUCAGGAGAUCCACAAAGGCAAAAGGAAAGAGGAUAGCUUGUCUGCUUCUCAGAGAAAACAGAGAGACUCUGAAAUCAUGCAGCAAAAGCAAAAGGCGGCUAAUGAAAGGAAGUCUCUGCAGGCAGGAGCGAAAUGAUCUGCCUCUAUGGAUAAGACAGAGUGCAUCGGGGAAGCAGAAGGGCCUGGAAGAUCAAAGAUCAUUCAUAGAAGUGUCUGGCCAUUAAAUGAUUAAACAUUUAUUGUGCAGAGUUGUUCAAUUAGCAUUAGUGUAGAGUAUUUUCUGAUUACUAUAGGCUUAGUUCUCUGGAGUGCUGUUUCAAAACUGACUACAGUCUUCUGCAUGUGUAUGAAUAAAAGUACCAAGCAGUAGCUUUACUCCAGCUUUUGCUGCAUUUGUUAGUUUGACUUAAUGGUUCCAGUAUCAGAAUUUCUGAAUCUGCAGUUAGACCAAAUAUGGCUGUCUCAGUUCUUGAAAGUACAGCUUCAUUCAGAAUGUGCAUAACUUUCAGAGGUCUGAACUGUAAAUCUCAUCUUGAAAUAUUUUUUCAAUAAAAUGUUGCAUGAAAUACUGUCUAACCUGAAA